AUGGGCGUGAUGAAGAUAUCUAGAGCGUACCUGGAUAUGGAAAUCACUAGUGGUCCUAGCUGUAGUGCUCUGUGCCUGCAGCCUGUGUUCAUCCCUUGUGCCUGCCUCGUUCCCCCUCUCUCUCCCUUUCCCCUGUCUCUCACUUACCCCGUCCCUCCGUUCCCGCGUCUCUCCGCUCCCCCAUUUCCCCUCGUUCCGCCCAUUCCCCCGUUUCUGCAUCCCCCCAUCCCCCAGUACAAGUGGUGCUGCGUGCGCGCGGAGGACGACGCCACCGUUUAUCAUCCCCCCAUCAUUCCCCCCGUCCUCUUCCCCAUCAUUCCCCCCGUCCUCUUCCCCAUCAUUCCCCCCGUCCUCUUCCCCAUAAUUCCCCCCGUCCUCUUCCCCAUAAUUCCUCCCGUCCUCUUCCCCAUAAUUCCUCCCGUCCUCUUCCCCAUCUUUUCCCCCUUCCUCUUCCCCAUCAUUCCCCCGUCCUCUUCCCCAUCUUCCCCCUUCCCUAUCCCCCGUGCCCCAGCCCAAGUGGUGCUGCGUGCGCGCGGAGGACGACGCCACCAUUUACCAUCUCCCAUCCCAUCCUUACCCCCGUCCUUCCCCCACCCCCAUUCCCCCCAUCCUCCCGCCCGCCAGUCCAAGUGGUGCUGCGUGCGCGCGGAGGACGACGCCACCAUCUACCGAAAGAAGGUCAUGAUGAACGUCACGGGGGGGGUUGCGCCGGGCAACCUGCUGGCCGUCAUGGGUCCCGAGGGGUCAGGAAAGUCCCUGCUGCUGCACAUGCUGGCGGGGCGCCUGCAGGACGACGCCAACUUCCGCGGCAGCAUAGAGUUCAGCGGAGAGCCGUUUGGGGCGAAUCUGAGGCGCGAGAUUGGCUUUGUGGAGAAUGACGUGGACCUGCAGGCCAAUCUGACGGUGAAGGAGACGCUCAUGUUUGCAGCCAUGCUGCGCCUGCCUGAGGGCACGGAGGAGAUAGAUCAGAUCGUGCGAGUGGAGCAUGUGCUGGACUCGCUGGAGCUCACGCACUGUGCGGACAAGGUGAUAGGGCGCACAGGGCGCAACGCGGUGCUGUACAACGAGCUCAGGCGGUUGGCCAUCGGGGUGCAGAUGAUCGUCAACCCGCCGCUGCUGCUGCUCGACGAACCCACGUCGGGUCUCGACGGGGCCAUGGCCCUCCGCAUAACCCGGGCACUCCACUCCUACGCACUAGCCGGCCGGUCAGUGGUUGCGACGAUGAAGCAGCCCUCCUCCAAGAUGUUCUCUCUCUUCACGCACCUCCUCCUCAUCACCGACGGUAACCCCAUUUUCUUCGGCGCUGCGGACGCUGCUCUCCCCUACUUCGACUCUAUCGGCUACAUCAUGGCCCCUGACACCAGCGCUGCAGAGUUCUUCCUGGACCUGACAGCACCUGAAGCAGCAGACGCGUCGAUCCAUUUCGGCACGUCCUCCAACCUCAUCCGCCUGUGGGCCACUGGAGACGCCGCCCGGGAGAUAGAGCGAGCCGCCAUGCCCUCUGCUGCUGCUGCCUCUGCUAAACGACGCAAUGGGAAAGACGCUGGGAAUGGGGAUGUUGAGGAAGGGGAGGCAGCGGGAGUGGGGACGGGAGGGGGAGAGGAAGGGGGAGUGGAAGGGGGAGUGGAAGGGGGAGUGGAAGGGGGAGUGGAAGGGGGAGUGGAAGGGGGAGUGGAAGGGGGAGUGGGAACUCGAGUGAGGGAUGUAGACGCGACAACAGACUGGCGGGUGAUGAGUGAGGGGGGAGGAGGAGGAGGAGGAGCGGGUGGGGGAGGAGGGGGAGGAGGCGGAGUGGGGAGUGGGAAGAGGUGGGUGACGUCAUGGGGGUACCAGUUCCAGGUGCUGGCGCGGCGGCAUGUGCUGUCAUACCGCGUGGUGAAUCAGGACUGGAUCUUCGUGGGUGUCGUCGCUGCCAGCCUUGUUGUCUGCUCCGUACUGCCAGGCUGUCUCUGGUACAAGCGUGACCCCACAACAGCGCAGGGCGUGCGCGAUCUGGCAGGGCUGAUUUUCUUCUCGCAGUUCUUCUGGGGCCUCGUGCCCAUGCUCACCUCUGUCAUCACCUUUCUAGAAGACCGCAAGUCAGUCCAAAAAGAGCAAGAGGACGGCGUGUAUCAUAUCUCCGCGUACUACGCCGCCCGGACGCUCCUCAGCCUGCCGUACGAGAUCCUGCCGCCCGUCUUCUACAGCUGCAUCAUGUACUGGAUGACCGGUCUGAACCCGUCGGGCGGCCGGUUCGUCUUAUUCACGCUCGUGCUGGUGCUAGAUACGAUGGUGGCUUCGUCCAUAGGGAUGGCGGUCGGCACAGCAUCGUCUACAGUGAAACAGGGGAUCUCGAUAGCGGCGAUCCUGCAGCUGCUGUCGGUGAUGGUCGUGCAUUUCUUGUCUCUUAGUCCCCCCGACUGGGUGGGGUGGACGCAGUACCUCUCCUUCUCGACCUACGUCAAUAAGGACUUCCUUCCGCUCCACUCUACUUCCUCCGCCUUCAACCGAAUCGAAACCCACGCCCCACCGAACUUCCACCGCCCCAUUUAUCUUCGUCCCUCUUUCCUCAUUCAAUCAUCUGAGUUAGCAAUCAGAAACGAGCACCCGAACCAGCCCUCCGCCAAGCGCUACCGCGGCGUGCGACAGCGCUCCUGGGGCAAGUGGGUCUGCGAGAUCCGCGAGCCGCGCACGCGCGCGCGCGUGUGGCUGGGAUCGUACAGCUCUGCGGAGGAGGCCGCGCGCGUCUACGACACCGCUGCGCUCAUGCUGCACGGUGCGCACGGCGCGGAGCGCCGGCUGAACUUCCCCCACGCCGCGACGACCUCCAUCGAGGGCGGAAUCCGCAUGCGCCCCGUCGUGGUCUCCCGCGCAACGGCAGAGUCUCUCCUCCGCGCGGCGCGCAAUCUCGCUGCUUCCGCGAACGGCGCGGAGUCAGCGUCAGCGGAAGCGGACACGAAGACGUUCAACAGCGAAUGGUCGGAGUCGGCCGCCGCUCUCGACAGCCCCGUCCCGUUUUUCCCGAUCGAGGACGAGGGGAUUCAGUUCGAGCCGUCUCCGCCGACGUUUCCGCCAGUGUUCCCCGCACCUGUCGAUGCGCCCUCGUCGCCCUCUUCUUCCUACGGCAGUGUGUCGCGCUCCGCUUCCGCCUCUAACGACGGUGCCGUCGUCUCGGCCUCAGCCGCCUCCGCGGGUUCCGCGGGGAACGCGCACCAGCGCGCGGACGUGCUGGUGUCGCUGGUGCGCGAGCUGACGAGCAUCACGGCGGUGCUGCAGCAUCUGCAGAAGGAGCACCAGCUGCGGCUGAUGCAGCAACAGCAGCAGGCGCAGAUGCAGCAGUAG